AUGAAGCCACUGGAGAAAUUUUUGAAGAAACAGACAUCGCAACUGGCAGGGCGAACGGUGUCGGGAGGUCCCGGCGGGGGUCUAGGGAGCUGCAGCGGGCCCGGAGGAGGUGGGGGACCCGGCGGGGGCAGCAGUCUGGUUGGGGGACCGCGGCCACUGCAGCGGCGGCAGAGCGUGUCGCGUCUGCUGCUCCCAGCUUUCCUCAGGGAGCCCCCGGCCGAACCGGGGUUGGAUCCACCAACGGAGGAGGAAGCAGCCGAACUGGCGGGGGUCACGGAGGAACCGGGCAGCGGGGGACCCUGUUGGCUGCAGCUCGAGGAGGUGUCGGGGCCGGGCUCGCUCGGGGGCGGGGGUCCCCUGCGUUCCCCGUCCUCGUACUCCUCAGAUGAGCUGUCCCCCGGCGAGCCCCUAACUCCGCCGCCCUGGGCCCCCCUGGGCGCCCCCGAGCGGCCUGAGCAUCUUCUGCACCGGGUUCUGGAGCGGCUGGCCGGAGGGGCCACCAGGGACAGCGGCGCUUCAGAUAUCCUGCUGGAUGACAUUGUCCUCACUCACUCGCUCUUCCUCCCCACGGAGAAAUUUCUGCAGGAGCUACACCAGUACUUUGUUCAGGCAGGCGCCAUGGAGGGUCGUGAGGGGCUGGGCCAGAAACAGGCCUGCCUAGCUAUGCUUCUCCAUUUCUUGGACACCUACCAGGGUCUGCUGCAAGAGGAAGAGGGGGCUGGCCACAUCAUAAAGGAUCUGUACCUGCUGAUUAUGAAGGACGAGUCUCUUUACCAGGACCUCCGAGAGGAUACUCUGAGGCUACACCAGCUCGUGGAGACAGUGGAGUUAAAGGUUUCAGAGGACAGCCAGCCACCCAGCAAGCAGGUGAAGCCCCUCUUCCGUCACUUCCGCCGGAUAGACUCCUGUCUGCAGACCCGAGUGGCUUUCCGGGGCUCUGAUGAGAUUUUUUGCCGGGUCUACAUGCCUGACCACUCUUACGUGACCAUCCGCAGCCGCCUCUCAGCCUCCGUACAGGACAUCCUGGGCUCCGUGACGGAAAAGCUGCAGUACUCAGAUGAGCCCACAGAGCGAGAGGAGUCCCUCAUCCUGGUAGCCGUGGCCUCCUCGGGAGAAAAAGUCCUCCUCCAGCCCACUGAGGACUGUGUCUUUACCACGCUGGGCAUCAACAGUCACCUGUUUGCCUGUACCCGGGACAGCUAUGAGGCCCUGGUUCCCCUCCCCGAAGAGAUCCAGGGGUCCCCUGGAGAGACAGAGAUCCACCGGCUGGAGCCCGAGGAUGUUGCCAACCACCUGACUGCCUUCCACUGGGAGCUGUUCCGCUGUGUGCACGAGCUGGAGUUCGUGGACUAUGUGUUCCAUGGGGAGCGCGGCCGCCGGGAGACAGCUAACCUGGAGCUGCUGCUGCAGCGCUGCAGCGAGGUCGCGCACUGGGUGGCCACUGAGGUGCUGCUUUGCGAGGCCCCAGGCAAGCGCGCUCAGCUGCUCAAGAAGUUCAUUAAGAUUGCCGCCAUCUGCAAGCAGAACCAGGACCUGCUCUCCUUCUAUGCGGUGGUCAUGGGGCUGGACAAUGCUGCCGUCAGCCGCUUGCGACUCACCUGGGAGAAGCUGCCAGGGAAAUUCAAGAACUUGUUCCGCAAAUUCGAGAACCUCACGGACCCCUGCCGGAACCACAAAAGCUACCGAGAAGUCAUCUCCAAGAUGAAGCCACCUGUCAUUCCCUUUGUGCCUCUGAUCCUCAAAGACCUGACCUUUCUGCACGAGGGCAGUAAGACCCUCGUGGACGGUUUGGUGAAUGUGGAGAAGCUGCACUCAGUGGCCGAAAAAGUAAGGACAAUCCGCAGAUACCGGAGCCGGCCCCUCUGCCUGGACAUGGAAGCUUCCCCCCAUCACCUGCAGACCAAAGCCUAUGUGCGCCAGUUCCAGGUGAUAGACAACCAGAACCUUCUCUUCGAGCUCUCCUACAAGCUGGAGACUAAUAGUCAGUGA